UACUUCUGGCGCAGUCGGGUAAAAAUACUAACUAUCCACGGACCGUAUUUCUCGCUGUGCAGUAGAAACGUACGCGCGUGCGCCGCCCGUCGUUAAAUCUGUGCGCUCACUAUGACUACGUCAAUCGAUACUGUUAGUUUAAAAAACAAGCUCAAAGAUGCUGUGGAGAUUCCCCUGCUGACGAGAUGUUGUUUCUGUUUCCCUUUACGAAAGGGUCUGAUAGCCUUCGCGUAUAUCAAUUUGACGUUGACGGUGAUAGUGACAUGUUUCCUAUCACUGUACAUAUCGUACAUCCGCAAUGCUACGGAGGUGGAGCAGAUGUCGCUCGCCUCGGAGUACGCGAGGCUCAUCACAGAUGUCGUGGCGUUGCUGAUAGAGCUCAUCAUGGCCGUCACCUUCAUCAUCGCUUUGCACAGGAAACACGUGCUACUGAUGAAGGUGUACCUGUACUUUGAGAUCGUGUAUUCAAUAUUCGGCUUCGUGUACAGUAUAGCCUUCUUGACCAAGGAGACUGCCAGCGAACUCUUCCUGGAGCUGUUCCAACUAAUGCUCCAAGUGUACCUGGUGAUCCUCAUCAGGAGUUCAAUAGUUAAGAUGGAGAGGGACGGCUCAGUGAAAUACUCACGGGAAGGAGACCAUGCCUAGUUGUUAGACCAUUUUAGAUAAAUAUUAGGGCCGGUCCACAGGAAUAUUGGCCUGUUUCACCACCUUCAUAUAAGUGCCCGAUAAACUAUUGUGACAGAUAAUUUAUACAAAUUACAUUAUACAUAUAUAUCAUCAGAUAUGUAGAUUACUAUAUCUAUCCAGAUAUUGUGAAACAGGCCAGCCUAUUACAUAUCUGUUAUUAUUAGCUUUAAAGUUAAUUAGGAAAUUAAAUGUAAAUAGGUAUGUUUAUUUUUAUACGAGAAAAUUUUUAAAUAGACAGGAUUACAUAAUGAUAAAUGCGGCUAUACAGGAAUGUUAGCAUACAGUAAGGGUGCUAUUCCACCUGAGAGGUGCUAUGCUACGUUCCAUCAAUCAUAUUCAUUAGAACACAUAGCUUAGCCCUGGUGGAAACGGACUCAACUAAGCUAUGUUUUUAUAUGGAAAGAUGCGUGCUAUGGAUGGCUUCUCUACUAUCGAGAGCAGAGCCGUAUUAUCCUUAAGGCAAAAACUAAGCAAAUGCCUAAAGCGUCAGGUUACAGAGGAGCGUCGAGCGACACGCGUGCCUAUAGAGAGGCGGCGGCGCCCAUACAUUAAGGGCGCCUAUGAGAUGCGUGCCUAGGGUCCUCAGUGAGACAUAAACUUGGGCUAGGGCUACCUGUAUCCAGCAGUUCAAACACACAAGUUGCCUACUUCGUGUUUACCUUUAAUUUUGUGAUUGUAAAUAUAUUUUUUUACAAAUAAAUAAAAUAAUUAGUGUUUGCGAAAAUAAUGUAAAUAUUCUUGUAGGCACUUAAACGUAAAAGAAGUUUAGGAAAUAUUAAAUUAGGUACGAGCAUGUCUAUUUAUUAUAUUUGUAACAUACGUACCUAAUAAUAUUAUUAAUUACAAAAGUUACCUUUAUACCUAGCUAUUACCCACGGAUUUGUUUAUGUGGUAAAAGCCAAAAAACGUUAAUAACCAUUUUCCUGUCCAUUAACUGUCUACCUAUGUACAGAAAUGUUUAACAGAUUUGUGUUUCUUUUGUUUAUAUUCUAAUCUAUUUAUAAUAUAACUAGUGUAGGUACUAUUUAGAUAACUAAUAUUGUCAUGCUUGACACGUUUGUAAAAUAUUUCUUAAGUCAGUUAAAAUGUAUAUUUUAUUUACAUCGGAAAACCAACAGUAAUACAAAGUAAUCAGUACCUAUAAGUAAUGGCACAUGAUUUUUUAUUCGUCUUACAAACGCAUCCCAGUUCAUGUACCCUAAUGACUGGUAAACGUUAAAAUAAUAUAAAAAUAAAAUGGAAUCUCCCAAUGAGAUUUCAACAAUUUAUAACUAAAAAUAUUAUUCACUUGGUACCUUCUACGACACAAUACGUAGUUAGAAACACUCUGUUGCGAGCACAUUUUGUGUCAUAGAAAAA